AAGUUCUCAACUGAAGACUCUAUGCUCUGAAAUUCUUUCCACAGAGAGCUGACUGAUAUUUGAAGAAGUAUUUUCGUUUCUCCAAGAAAAAAUAAGAUGUAUCUUUCUGAAGUCUCACUAUUGUCCUUAAAUAUUUGUAUUUUUAUUUAUGCAGAUGCAAUACAAGUUAACUGUGUGCAUCAUUCUAAGGACUUGUCAACUGUUAACAUUGUAGACGGUGAAUCUAAUGCCAAAUAUGAAAGUAAAAGUAAUGACACUCUUUAUAAAGAAAAUGAUGAUGAGUCAUAUGAUGUUAAACCUAAAAUUACACGAGAAGAAAAGCAUUUCAUGUGUAGAAAUCUGCAAAAUUCUAUUGUUUCUUACACACGGAGUACCAAAAAACUACUAAGAAAUAUGAUGGAUGAGCAACAAACUUCCUUGGAUUAUUUAUCCAAUCAGGUAAAUGAGCUCAUGAAUAGAGUUCUUUUGACUACUGAAGUUUUUAGAAAACAGCUGGAUCCUUCUCCUCACAGACCAGUUCAGUCACAUGGUUUGGAUUGUACUGAUAUUAAAGAUACCAUUGGCUCUGUUACCAAAACACCAAGUGGUUUAUACAUAAUCCAUCCGGAAGGAGCUAGUCACCCAUUUGAGGUAAUGUGUGACAUGGACUACAGAGGCGGUGGAUGGACUGUCAUACAAAAAAGGACUGAUGGAGUAAUCGAUUUCCAGAGGUUGUGGUGUGACUAUCUGGAUGGAUUUGGUGACCUUUUAGGAGAAUUUUGGCUAGGACUGAAAAAGAUUUUUUAUAUUGUAAAUCAGAAAAAUACCAGUUUUAUGCUGUAUGUGGCUUUGGAAUCUGAAGAUGACAGAUUCGCCUAUGCAUCAUAUGAUAAUUUUUGGCUAGAGGAUGAAACAAGAUUUUUUAAAAUGCACUUAGGACGGUAUUCAGGAAAUGCUGGUGAUGCAUUUCGGGGUCUCAGACAAGAAGACAAUCAAAAUGCAAUGCCUUUCAGCACAUCAGAUGUUGAUAAGGAUGGGUGUCAUCCUGCAUGCCUGGUCCAUGGUCAGUCUGUGAAGAGCUGCAGUCACUUCAAUAGUAACACUGGUUGGUGGUUUAAUCAGUGUGGUCUCGCAAAUCUGAAUGGCAUUUAUCACUUCCCCAGAAAACCACUUGGAACUGGAAUUCAUUGGGGGACAUGGACCAAAAACAACUCAACCAUCAAGAUUAAAUCUGCUUCUAUGAAAAUUAGAAGAAUUUACAAUCCGUAUUUUAAGUAGUCUCAUUUAAAAAAAUUGUUAUGCAAAUUCCAGUCAUAUUUGAUAAUGUGUUAGCGAUUCUACAUCAUUUCUUUUUUUAUUCAGUGUUUUAUCAUAUUAGAUAAUAUUUAGCUAUAGAUGGCAUCUAGGUGUUAUGAGUUUAACUCAAAUCUUUUAUUUUGUAGCGUUUUAUAAAACAAAGCAUAACUUAGUGUAUAUUUUUUCUUACUAACCAUAUAUGAACAAUAUAUAAUAAAGUUUUCUUUAAGUGAAUUACAGCAUGUCUUCCUGAAAUCUACAGUCUGUUCAAGGACUUCCUGUUCUUU